AUGGGAGAAAUGUUCGACCCCGAGAGCUCUGUAAGCAAACUAGCGAUUCAAAAAGAAGUUCCAAAGGACCAGUGGAACAUUGGGACACGGCUAGCACAUCGCAUAGAGGAACUCGGUGUCAAGGACUAUUUUGUAGUUCCAGGUGAUUUCAACCUGACACUUCUCGAUCAGCUGCUGAAAAACUCAAACAUCCGCAUGGUGGGCUGCUGCAACGAGUUGAAUGCAGGGUACGCAGGUGAUGGAUAUGCCCGCUCAUCUCCAUCCGGGGUCGCUGUUGUUGUAGUCACCUACAUGGUCGGAGGGCUGUCACUGCUUAAUGCGAUCGCGGGGGCAUAUUCUGAAGGGCUCAAAGUUGUGGUCGUAUCGGCCUGCCCUCCAGUUGGAAAAUCCGACCCAGAUACGAUAAUCCACCAUAGCGUGGGCACUCAAGAUCAAGAUCAUGCCCUUCGGAUAUUCAGAGAAGUGACAACAGCGUCAGUCCGUCUUGAUGGAAAGGAGGAUCCUGCAGAGCUACUGGACAAGACACUUAUUAAGUGCGUGGAGAACUCUUUGCCUGUCUAUAUUGAAAUACCCUGCGGCUCUGCAGAGGUUCCAUGCAAGUCUCCCAAGCCGCUUGUGGCUGAGAAUCAAUUAAUCUCUCAACCAGGAAGCAUCAAUGCUGCCUUGGGUGCCGUGAACAGCGUUUGGAAGCAUGUGAAGCGGCCUUUGAUGAUCGUCGGUCCCCAUGUGCGACGGCAGAUCUCCCAGGAACUGAUGGUUGCUCUGAUUGAAAAGCUUGGAUGUGCAGUUCUGUGCCAGCCAGAUGCUAAAUCACAAGUUCCUGAGUCUCAUAGUCAGUUUGCAGGCACAUUUUGGCCUGUUGAGCCAGGGUCCAACAGUAAAAUCUGGACUUCUGAUCUAUGGAUAAUCCUUGGGGGCCGCUGGACUGACCUCCAUACACCUGGAGGUGUGUUCGACAGAAAGAAAGAGGCCCACCGCAUGCUUUACCUCGACACUGACCAAGUGAAAACACCGGAUGGUCGUCAGAUUAAAGAUAUAGCUUUGACGCAUCUUGUCGAAGCGAUAGUACAGUCUGACAUCCCCAGGAACCCAGCAACUGUGUCCAGAUAUUCGAAACCGAAUGGGGCUUAUCUAAGCCAGAGGCCUCAAACAGCUUCUCAAGUGACUUUGGCCGGUGUGCUGGAUGGCGUUCAAAAGAUCUUAAAGACCAAUGGCACCCUAAUUGCAGACGCAGGGGAUUGUUGGUUUACCGCACAGGAGAUCAAACUGCCACCAGGAGCGGACUUUCAGAAACAAAUGGUAUAUAGCGCCAUCGGAUGGAGUCUGCCUGCAGCCCUUGGAUGCCAACUCGCUCGACCCGAUGGACGAGCUGUUCUGAUGGUCGGGGAUGGCGCGUUUCAAAUGACAGCGGCUGAGCUGAGUACCAUGAUACGAAUGAAGGCCAAUGCCAUUGUCCUGAUCUUCAACAAUAUGGGGUAUCGUACUGAGACUGCAAUUCACGACGGACCGUACAACUACCUCAGUAGCUGGAAUUAUGCGCAGUUUGCGUCAAGCAUGUGCAACCACUUCCAUACCGAAGAUGGAGGAAACAAGUACCUCACUGGAGCUGACAAAGAGAGCCUGGCGAAUCCCUCCAUGUUUGCGAUGCGAAUCAAGACACAUGGCGAUCUGAUGGUCGGGCUGGAUCGAGCUGAAAGAGAGCCACACAAAUUGGCACUCCUCGAGUGUUGCAUUCACCCAGACGAUACGAGCAGUGUGCUGCAGACAUUUGGUCGUUCGUUUGGACAGGGAUAA